AUGCCGGCGUCGUGGCGAGAUGGUCUCGUCAACGCCUUUCCGAUCCCGCAAGGUCGGGUGAAGCUGAAAAAAGGUUCGAAAGCUAAUAAUAAUAUCGACACAAUAUGUGAUGCGCUGGGGGAGGCUCUUGAUGAGACAUUCUCGGCUCCUCUUCGAGAUCCAUUUCCAUUCUUCGAACUCCCGGCGGAGAUCCGUAACAGGAUCUACCGACUGGUCCUGUUUAGCCCAACGGGCUCUCAGGGCGCAGAUGGCAAACCAAAACCUCGCACCGCGAUCCUCACCACGAGCAAGCGCAUGCAUCAAGAGGUUUCAUAUAUUCUCUACAGCUCGUCGAGCUUCCGAAUCUUCCCACUGCAGGAUUUUGAAUCCGCACCAGUCGUCCAAGACCUGCCUUUAAGGUACCGCAGCAUGGUGACCAAGUUGGAAAUGGUCGUGGGAUCAGACUGGACCAGACCGCCCAAAACCUGGCGUGUCAGCAGAUUGCUGGCGAAACGGCUGGGAAAAUUGUCGGCAGUACGGACCCUCAAAAUUUUCGUCACACUCGAUCCGAGCCAGCCCAUCUUCGAGCCGUAUUGGGUCUCGUUCGACUUCUACACCGAUUUCUGCGGGAAUCUACUCCGCGAUGUCCUAUCCAGUAUGCCGCAUCUUAUGGCCAUUGAAAUGGAUGGGUAUUCUAGUGUUGAUACCACAGGACCAUUAGUUUCGCGGCUCCGGGCUGAGGCGGAAGCUCAGGGGAAAACAUGUACAUUAGGACCUACGAAAUUGCUCGCCACUCCGACUGGAUUGAACCCGUUCUUCUGCCAAUGA